AUGCCACACCGACCAGGUAACAAAAAGUCCAAUCCGAAUUCCUCCAAGAAACGAGCACCAGAGAAAAAGCCCCAAAGACAACAUCAACUGCAACAUCAGCGAGCCGAAGAAGAACCAACCCCCUUCGACAACCCCACCAACAUCAUCCCCCUCACCCUCCAACAACUCCUCCUAAACGUCUUCCAGUCCGCCCUCGUCCCAAACACCCCUGCCUCACAACAUGACCAACAGAACCAGCGCGACACGAACGAAAACGAAGGAGAAUUGGACCUGAAACCGCUCAUCCAGACGAUAAAAUCGCACCUCUACAACCGCGACUUCGACUCGGCGUUCACGGAUGCGAAUGAGGAGUUACUGCGCGCGUAUGCGCUGCGGUGGAGUGCUAGCCGGACACUUGGGUAUGCGGGUGUUUUCAAGGCUGUUUUGGGUCUGCUCUCUGAGGGGAAGGAGGGGAGGAAUGUUGAUGGGCAGGUUGUGUGUAUUGGGGGUGGUGCUGGGGCGGAGAUUGUGGCGUUGGCGGGGGUUUGGAGGGAUAUUGUGACUGCGCCUACGGAUGAGGGAGAGGGAAGGAGUACGGGAUUGAAAGUGACAGCAGUAGAUAUCGCGGAUUGGUCUGGUGUUGUUGGGAGGUUGGAUGGUGCGAUGCGGUCGCCCAAGGUGCUGGCGUCGAAGAGUCAUCCUGCGCCGUUAUUACCUGAUGGCGGCGGGGAUAAGUUCGGCGUCGCAUUCCAGAAAGCUGAUGUGCUUUCUCUUCCUGAAGAAGAGCUGAAAUCCCUCUACGGCCAGGGAACAGUCAUGGUAACGCUCAUGUUCACACUGAAUGAACUCUUUUCGACGUCCAUAGCAAAAGCGACUGCGUUUUUACUACGCACGACCGACGUUGUCGAGCCAGGGACCCUGUUUCUUGUCGUGGAUAGUCCGGGGAGUUAUUCCAGUUUGUCACUGGGCAAGACUACAGAUACAGGCGAGAAAGAGAAAGUGGAACGGAAGUAUCCGAUGAAGUUCCUGCUCGAUCACACUCUGUUAUCUGUUGCAGAGGGCAAAUGGGAAAAGAUCCUGUCGCAGGAUUCGAGAUGGUGGAGGAGAGAUGCAGCACGGUUACACUAUGAUGUUGGCGAAGGGGCUGGGUUGGAGGAUAUGAGAUUUCAGGUUCAUCUUUAUAGACGGCUGUAG